AUGUGGUUUAAAUCAUCACCUUAUGAUUUACAACCUUCAACCCAAAUUUUUUUAAAAUUAAUAAUACGAUCAUUAUUAAAACUAUUCAUUUCAAAUCAAAUGAAAUUUAGAAGAGUUAUAAUUGAAGGGAUGAAUGAUAAUCAAAUGAAAUUGAGAAAAGGCAUAAUUGAUGGAAUGGAUGAUGAAACGUAUUGGUGGGAAUACUAUGUUUGUUCGAAAAUAUUAUUUGAUCAACAAUUCAAAACGUUAUUUAAGAGUAUACGAAAAUUAAAUAUUGAAGGAGUUGAAGAACAAGAAGUUGAAGAAAUGAUCAAUGCAUGGAAAGAUUUUUCAACAUUAAAAACCUUAAAAGUUCAGAUAAACAAACAUCUUUCAACCAUCGUUUCUAAUACACCAUUUCUUAGAAAAAUUUAUAUAAAUAAAGGAGACAUUCAUUUUCUUCUUCCUCUUCUAGCCUCACCAAUUCCUUCAAGAACGUUAACAUCUAUAACAUUACACAAUGUUAAAUUUGAUAAAUCAGAUCAAUGGGAACUUUUAUCCUCCUUAUACAACCUUGAAAAGCUAAAAUUAAUCGUUUGUUGGAUUCACCCAGAUGUAGAUUCUGAUGCUAGACAAGAUAUGAUAUCUAAGACAUUAUUAUUGCAAUGGGGAGUAUCACAACAUGCUUUAGUGGUCAGUGAAAAUUUUGAAGAUAGCCGAGUUAGAGUUUUUCAUGAAUCAUUAGAACGAGUCGAAGGAGUAAGAGCUAAACGUAACCUUUAUCAAAAUUAUAUGAAACUUGUUAAAAAAGCACAAAGAGAACAAGAACUUAAGAAACAUAGAGCUCAAGAAAAUACAUCUGCCAAAACUAUUCAUCUUCCGGAAGAGGAAAAUUUAGUAAAUAGUGCUGGUGCAGGUGGUUCUUCUGCUUCAUAUUGGAUCUCUGAAGCCUUUGCAAAUUCGUCGACAUCAAUUAAAACUACUGUUUAUGAACAAUUAUCACAAGUUGGAGGGCGUGCACUAAUUUUUAACUAUACACGUGACAAUACUCAGGUUUUGGUUGAAUUAGGUGCAUCCAUAUUUAUUGAUGCUAAUUAUCAUAUGACAAAUUCUGCUAUAAAAUUUGGUUUGGAAUUUAUUAAUUAUGGAGAAGAACUUAAAAAUCCAAAAGCUGGAAUAUGGGACGGAGAUCAAUUUGUUUUCGAACAAUCUUCAAGUUCAUACUGGGAUAUUUCUAAACUCAUUUGGAAAUAUGGUUGGGCUCCUAUUAAGGUUCAACGAUUAGUCAGUGCAACAAUCUCAAAAUUUUUGAAGACAUAUGAGUUUAAAGAACCAUUUAAAAGUGUUGAUUCAGAAGCUGAAAGGCUUCACCUUGAUUUAGAACGAAAAUUUACUGCUCAAUAUUAUUUCUCUGAAUUAAAGAAUAUUAAUCAACUUUAUCUUCAGCACAUGGUUGAACCUAUGAGUCGUGUUAAUUAUGGCCAAAAUUUAGGUGAAAUUCAUGCAAUGGGUGCAUUUAUUAGUCUUGCUCCAACAGGCGCAAAAAGUAUUAAGGGUGGAAAUUAUCGACUUUUCGAAAAGUUUAUUGAGCACUCUGGUGCGACUUUGAAUUUGAAUACUAAAGUUGUAAAAGUAACUAAAUUGCGGACAACAAAUGAUGGUGAAGAAUCUGUGAAAUAUAUGGUGCAAACAAUAAAUGGAACUACCCAAGUAUUUGAUGCAAUUAUCAUGGCUGCACCUAUUCGAUUCUCGGGAAUAGAAUUUGAAAAUGUUUAUUUAGAAAUGAAAGAUAUUCCUUAUGUGACGCUUCAUGUCACAUUUGUAACAGGACGUUUAAAUCCAGCUUAUUUUAAUCGUACAAAAGUUGAAGAUUUUCCAAACCAAAUAUUGACAACAAAUAGUGGUAAAACUGAAUUUCUCAGUUUGUCUGUGAAAAUUGUUUUAGAGAAUGAUCUUGGACUUUUAGAAAAGUAUGGAAAUCUUAUCCAAGAUUAA